AGAAUGCCGGGGCUGGGGCAUUUUCGUAACUACAGGUUGGGCAGGUUGUGUCACUCACGAGGUAGCCAGGUUCUGUUUGAAAGAACAGGCCCUCCUCCUGGACUUUGAUCCAGCAAAACAACUCGCCUCAGCCUCCGCCCGGCAUCGGGACGCCUCUCCCAGGAACGUUCUCUCGUUGUCUCUGAUGCGUUCGCAUAUGUGAUUGAUUUAAGCUUUCAAAAUGAUUAGACGACUUCUGAUUGUCUUGCUUUUUGUGACACUGGGAGAAGCAAGGACGCCAUUUCUCAGUUUUCUGAGUACAGCGAGGACUGAAAUACUGCUCUUCACAAAGACCGAAGAAACCGUCCUAGUCCGAUCCACUUACAGAGAUAAGCGGCCCAGCGCCAGCUUCCUCUCUGUGCGGCUCCAAGACCCUGAGAUGCUGCAGGUGGUGAACCUGACCAGGGCCACCUCCGGUGCCACAACCUUCAUCAUAAAACUAGUGGCGGAGGAAGAAGGAGAGACCAACCUGACCAUUCAACUGUGGGACUCUGAAGGUAGGCCGGAGAGACUCAUUGAAGAAAUAAAGAAUGUCAGAGUCAAAGUGCUCAAACGGAGGCCGGACAGCCUUUUCCAGGCAUCCACGCACAUGGACAGAACUAUCCUUCUGCUGAUUCUGCCAAUGAUCCUGUUAAAUAAGUGCGCAUUCGGCUGCAAGAUUGAAUUGCAGGUGUUCCGCGUAGUAUGGAAGAGACCUUUGCCAAUAAUUUUGGUGGCAGCUACACAGUUUUUUCUGAUGCCGUUUUGUGGAUUUCUUUUGACUCAGGUUUUGGCAUUGCCCGAGGCACUGGCUUUUGGGUUUGUAAUGACUUGCACGUGCCCAGGAGGGGGUGGGGGCUAUCUCUUUGCUCUGCUUCUAGAAGGAGACAUCACUUUGGCCAUUUUGAUGACCUGCACAUCAACGGUAUUGGCUCUGGUAAUGAUGCCUGCCAAUUCCUACCUGUACAGUAGGAUCUUAGGGCUCUCCGGUACCUUCCAUGUUCCUGUUUCGAAAAUUAUGUCAACACUCCUCUUCAUACUUGUACCUAUAUCAGCUGGAAUAGUCAUCAAGCAUAGAACACCUGAAAAAGCAAGCAUCCUGGAGAGAAUCAUUAGACCUCUGAGUUUUAUUUUAAUGUCUGUGGGGAUUUAUUUGAUGUUCAGGAUGGGAUUGGUGUUUCUAAGAACAGAUAGCCCAGAGGUGCUUCUGUUGGGUGUCUUAGUUCCUGCUCUGGGUUUGCUGUUCGGGUACUGCUCUGCUAAAAGCUGCAGGAUGCCUCCCGCUGUGUGCAAGACUGUGGCUAUCGAAAGCGGGGCCCUGAACAGCUUCUUGGCUCUGGCCAUCAUCCAGCUCGCCCUCCCCGAGUCCCAGGCCGACGCAGCUUCCGUGGCUCCCUUCACGGUGGCGCUGUGCUCUGGGUGUGACCUGCUGCUGAUUCUCCUGUUGUACAAGGUGAAGAAGAGGUGUGUCCUGAUCACAAGAGAGGAAAGGAAACAUCCUCCCCGCUCUAGCAAUCAAAGCACGGCAGCAUGCCCGCUCUGAGACCCUGUGGGGCAUCGGAGGGUAUCUACAGCGAUGCUGCUCUCAGCCCCCUUCCGAUCUGAUUGAAAACUUGGCCCUGGGGGAGGCGUACGCAUUAUAAUAUAUCCAUCAUCAUAGCAUACAUUCUCACACAGGGGCUCGGGAGGAGGCCACUGUGCUGUGUUGGUCUGGAAAUGCUUUAUAGAGUGGGAUUUGAUUAUGACACUUCAUUACGGUCUCUUAAUUGGGAAAGAGCAAUUUAAAAACACCUCCUGCAGUGCUUCUGAGAAUAUCCCACUUUUUACAGGAGGGGCACUCCCUACAGUCUCAUAGUAUUGGUUAAUUAGUUUGCCAGCUGAUAAGAUAACCAAAGUUCUUUUUUUCUAAUUUUACCAAAUUCGGUAUAUGAAUACCAAGAUUUAUAAAAGAUGGGCUUCAGCCUGGUGGUGGCUCAUUAUUAUUCCCUUUAUAAAAUGACUAGAGGCCUGGUGCAUGAAAUUCGUGCACUGGUAGGGUGCCUAGGCCUGGCCAGCGAUCA